AUGCAGACAUUCUCUCCGGCUGGGAUCUCGAUCCACACACACACCGGCACAGGCGCCAAACUUGCAGCAAUCGCUCAUCGGCAUCGGUUUUUGAUCUUCGAAGACAGAAAGUUCGCGGACAUCGGAUUCACUGUUCAACUCCAAUAUGCCGGUGGAGAUUACAGGAUCGUGGAAUGGGCACAUAUCAUCAAUGCUCAUGUUCUACCUGGACCUGAUGUUGUUCGGGCUUUGAAGGAAACAGCCGAUUCUUGGAAGGACUCAGGGAGAAGUGGGAUUGUUGGGGGUAUUGUUCCAGAACCAAGCGUGGCUCAUAUCGCGGAGCCUCCAUCUCAGUGCGCGGCUCUGCUUCUCGCUCAGAUGAGCAGUUCCGGGAAUUUCUUAGAUGCCGCUUAUACCAAGAAUUGCGUUUCCAUUGGGAGGAAGUAUCGAGAUUUCGUGAUGGGGUUCAUUGCUUUGGAGCCGCAAAAUAGCGAGCCUGAUGAUUCGUUUAUCGUUAUGACCCCAGGGUGCUCUUUAACACCGGAAGAGUCUCUUGACAGAUCUGAAUUCGUGCCUGGUGCGAACGAUGCCCUUGGGCAGCAACACGUAUCGCCGCAGGAGCUCAUUCUUCGAGGCUGUGAUAUUAUCAUUGUUGGAACAUAA